UGCAGCUAUUGGGUUAGUCCAAGACUCCUUAACUGUCUGACCACAGUGACUGCUGUUCUGAAGACAUGAGAGGAAGAAAAGGGCCCUCCUUCCUGACAUUUAGAGUGCCAGGACAUUAUGUGAUUCUUUCUUUUCAUUUCCAGUUUUGGGAGGUCAUCAGUGAUGAGCACGGGAUCGACCCCACUGGCAGUUACCAUGGAGACAGUGACUUGCAGCUGGAGAGAAUCAACGUGUACUACAAUGAAGCCGCUGGUAACAAAUACGUACCUCGGGCCAUCCUGGUGGAUCUGGAGCCGGGCACCAUGGACUCAGUCAGGUCUGGACCAUUCGGCCAGAUCUUCAGGCCAGACAACUUUGUGUUCGGUAUGUAGUCACGAUCAGUGGGAACUGGCUCAAUGAGUCUCCUUCCUCCUGAACACUGUGGAAAUCACAGUUCUGAGUGCUGAAUGCCGAGGUAGAGACUGUGUGUCCGCAGACAGCCCCGAGGCCUGGCCUCAUUCCACCCAGUUCACGGGCGGUCACUUCUCUGGUCACUCUCUGGACAGCUCAAAGAACAGUGUCAGCCUGCAGAGAGCUGCCGUAGCCCUCCCGCUGCAGAGCAGCCUCUGAAGGGCAAAGAAUGAAGAGCAAUGACAAGGCUUCAAACAGGCGU